CGAUUUUCAAUUUGGUUUUCUGUCUCUCUCUCUCUCGCUCUCUUUCUCUCUCUGCAAACAGUGCUGCUUCCUUUUGAAGCUUUUUACAAUUUUAUUUAUCUUACUGCAACAUGUACUUUUGCUUUCUUUGAUGUUUCUGUUGCUUGCAAGAACAAAGAAACUGUUAAUGUUUUCUUCUAAUUUUCUUCUUGAAGAAGAUUAACAAGUAGAGGAAAAGGAGCAGUUUGGUGAGAGAAUAGAGGGGGGGAAGGAAAGAUCUUUGAUUGCUUGAAUCUGUUAAUGGAACAGCUUAUCAACUUCAUUAUAAGGCCGCCCAGAGCUGAAUACAAUCCAAAAAAUGAUUUGUUAGAUCAAGAAUUUAUGCUGAAAGGCAAGUGGUACCAGAGGAAAGAUUUGGAGGUUGUAAAUAGUCGAGGAGAUGUUCUUCAAUGUAGCCAUUACAUGCCUAUCGUCCGCCCUGAAGGAAAUCCACUCCCCUGUGUAAUCUAUUGUCAUGGAAAUAGUGGUUGCCGAACAGAUGCUAGUGAAGCUGCUAUCAUAUUGUUGCCAUCAAAUAUAACUGUUUUCACUCUUGAUUUCUCUGGUUCUGGACUAUCUGGAGGAGAGCAUGUCACUCUGGGCUGGAAUGAAAAGGAUGACUUAAAAGCUGUGGUUGAUUAUCUACGCGCAGAUGGGAAUGUUUCUUUGAUUGGUCUUUGGGGCCGCUCUAUGGGAGCUGUUACUAGCUUGAUGUAUGGAGCUGAGGAUCCUUCCAUCGCAGGAAUGGUUCUGGACAGCCCCUUCUCUGAUUUGGUUGACUUGAUGAUGGAACUGGUUGACACUUACAAAGUUAGGCUUCCCAAGUUCACAGUUAAGUUUGCAAUCCAGUAUAUGCGGAGAGCCAUUCAGAAAAAAGCAAAAUUUGACAUAAUGGAUCUCAAUACAAUCAAGGUUGCAAAGUCUUGCUUUGUUCCAGUUCUAUUUGGUCAUGCCAUUGAUGACGAUUUCAUACAACCCCAUCACUCUGAUCGUAUAUUUGAUGCUUAUGUGGGGGACAAGAAUAUAAUCAAAUUUGAGGGUGAUCACAACUCUCCCCGCCCUCAGUUUUAUUUUGAUUCCAUAAGCAUCUUUUUCAACAAUGUGUUACAACCUCCAGAAGAUGAAGUAGGGAGUACAUAUUUUGACUUGAGUCAUGACUAUUUCCCCAAGGGAAACUGGAGUACUUUCCAUGAUCUAGAGUAUCCUGAUGAAUUAUUGGGUUCACCUGCUGGUCCAGCAACGAGUAGCACUGAGGAUGCCAUUAAGCAACUUCGCUCCAGAAGACCUAUGAGUAUGAUAGUGAAAAGAUAAACAACCUGAUGACCAGGUGGAAAGUAGAGGUUCUGAUUCUCAGGCAUCGUCUUCUAAUAUGAUCAGCUUUGAACUCUCUGGUGCCAGUCCCCAUGGUUCAAAUGUGCCUGCAUCAAUAGAUGAUGAUGAAUAUGUUGAGUACCCACUUGAUAGUUUGGCAGAUUUCCCCAGCAAUGCGGAAGAAGAAGAAAGGAUGCUGAUGGAAGCUGUGCUUGAGUCACUAAAGGACCUUGAGGUGAGACAACCUCGAGUCGAGCAACCUUCAUCGGAUGGUGGGAAUGACGUUGAAUCAAAACCAGAAGCAGCAAACGGACAGGAGGAUUCUUUUUCUACUCAAAACAAGUCCUUAAAAACAGAGUUAGUCUCCACUUCAGCAGCCGAUGAGCAUAAACUGGUGUCUGAAAUGCUACCUUCUGAUCCGAACGAAGUACUCAAAUGUAGUCCCUCUGCAGAAGUGGAAACUCAGGAAACUAGUUUUCCUUGUGACCUGUCAACGUGUAACCACAUUGUAUCUGAUGCUGACAAUCACUCAAAGGAGCCGUCAACUGUAGUAAAGAAUCCAACAAGCAAUGAUGCUGUAAGUGAUGGGAUGUCUCAUAAUGGUACACCAUCAGGCGAUCAGAGUUCAUCUGAAGUCGACAUGGCUGAUCGUACCAAGGUCACUGUAAAAGUUGUCAAAACCCCGACAAACAAUAUCAUGGAUGGCCUGUUACGUCGUUGGGAUCUCAAUUUCUUCCGUAACAGAUGAUUAUUCAAUUACAUGAUGAAAGAAUGCAUAUGUUGGGAGUGUAUAAUUUAUGGGCAGUUGACAUUGGUAGAUAGUGUUUGUGAAAUAGUUGGCAAUGGAGGAAUAUGAAGAUACAAGAACAGAAAAAUUGCAAAGAUGGUUUCUCUUACAGAUGGGAUAUAUAAGGAUUCUUGGAGGAUGUCAUUUGUUGUAACCACUGAUCAAAUAUUCUUUCCCAGGUUGUGUACAGGUGAUGCGGAUAAUGUUUUAAAUCAUAUUUGACCCUUUUUACUGA